AUGGCGUCGCGAACCGAACUCGAGCCUCUCUCACCGGACGAUCACGCAAUACCCGGACAAUGGCAAUCGCAGUCAUUCAGAGAUGAUACAGCACGUCGGGUGGAGACUAAAACAACGUGGUAUCCGCGUGUAAGAGAGACAUUCCGACGACGAGAUGGAUCACAGAAAGGGUGGAAGCCCCUGUCUAUGACAGCCCCGAUCUUGACGCUCCUUACGAUUUUAACGCUUCUAAUUGGUGUUGCCAUUGAGGUAUUGGCACAGCUCAGCCGUUCUCGAGGUGGCCUCGCGCUCUCACGAACACAAGACGAAAUCCCACAAUAUGCUAUGAUAAGCUAUCUAUACGCUCCUAAUAUUAUUGCAGUAUUAUACAGUCUGGUAUGGAGCUGGGUGGAUCUCGAUGUCAAGCGGAUGCAGCCAUGGUUCGAGCUAUCCAAGCCUGAAGGAGCAACGGCCGAAAACUCUAUGUUUCUCGAUUACCCCUACGACUUUAUUGCCACUGUCCCUAUCAAAGCUGCUAGGAGGAGGCAUUGGCCUGUAUUUUUUGCGGGAACAGUGACGGUUGUCAUAUUUUGGCUCAUCACCCCUUUGCAAAGUUCCAUCAUGGGAACAGGCUUGGUCAAUAUCACCGAAUCGGCAGUAAUUGGAACGAGAUCAUCUAUCGUUCCGUUGGCAAACCAGUCCGACUAUCUCACCAACCAGAUUCUCAAUACAGGAUAUUCCGUCGCAUGGCUCGGCCAAUCUUGGCCUCCGUUUACGACCGCCGAUUAUGGCACACUUCCGUUCUAUAUAGAUAAUGAUCCCGGAGAGUCUCAACUACAAACGAAUUGGACGGCCACGACAACAAAGUUAUGGACCGAACUCGAAUGUUGGCCAGCCGAGCAACCAAAACAGAAUUUUUCUACCAUGGUGAUGCACUUCGGGAACGGCCAGGGCUGCAAUACUUUCAUCAAUCUCGACGUCUUUGUAAAUCUCAAGAUGUACUAUAUUGGAUAUUACACAAGCCCAUACUCAGACUACCAGUUGGCUGAUUCCAAGAAUUGCCCUGCUACUGCAAAUUCGACACAUCAAUUCCUCGCCGCAUGGGUGUCAACUAAGGGCGGCAGUGCCAAACAAGUACCCGAGGUCAAUAUAACCGCGCUGUUCUGCCAGCCAUCUUACUAUAAGCAACAGGUGAUGAUUACUAUUGACACAAAUGGUUUCCAGCCGCUGAAUACGUCAAUUCAACCUAUCUCCCCCCCAGAACUUUUAACUGAAAAAGAAUUCAAUUCGACUUCCUUUGAGUUUUUGAUCGCAAACGGCAUGCCAAUGGAACAGGUGUUGGAUAUCACCCGAGAUUUUCCAUAUGAGUAUGUCAUUGAACAAGGUCCUCAGUUGGACAAGACCAAUAUAACCCUUCCGUUUUCCAACAUGGUUGGCUAUGCUCUUGCUCCUCAUAACGAGCCAGCAACUCCAUAUGGCGACCCUGUCCUGCUACAUGAAGCAUUCAACCGCGCCCACAAGUACCUGUUUUCGAUUGCGGUAAACCAGAUGUUGGUUAAUGAUACGACUGUAGUCAACAGCACAGCAGUUUCCGAGUUUCAACAGAGCGGUAUUCUUGUCAGUCGACUAUUUUCUGCCAUUGUCGAAGGCCUUCUCCUCUUUGUGGCGAUUUCUACAGCCUGCUUGCUAUGGUUCUGCCAUACGUCUACGAGCUAUUUAACUACAAACCCGUCCUCUAUCUCCAGGCUAGCCGCAAUUUUUCGCCACGGGCAAGAAACGAACAAGCUAUUUCGCCCUGCGGAUCACGCUGACGAGAAGUCGCUGAAAGAAUUAUUCAAAGACGAUAAAUUCCGACUUACACGAGACGAAUAUAGCGAUGAUGGUAACAUAUACUUAGAGAAGGUGGAUGGUCCAGAAGGCGACGAGAAUGAGAGGAAAUUCGAUAAACCAACCGGCUACUAUGACCCAAUUCGACCGAUACCUCUUAAGAGAGAAAUUGGACUAUUGUUUGGCCUGGUACAGGUUGGUGCUCUUGUCACCAUUGUAUACCUCAAGGUUCAAAACGACAAGAGUAAAGGCCUUAUACGACCAUCAAAUAAUUUCGAGGUCCUACAGAUUCUCGAAAACUACAUUCCCACUGCCUUUGCCACCUUCUCCGAACCUUUUUGGGUGUUGAUAAACAGGUUUAUGUGUCUCCUCCAGCCGUUUAAAGUCUUAUCGAGGGGCCGAAGUGAACCAUCAAAGUCCAUUGACACCACCUACACGGCACUUCCUCCACAACUAGUCAUUUGGAGGGCGCUCAGAUCGCGGCAUCUUAUGCUAGCUAUGCUGUGCAUCAUUGCGCUGCUGUCAAAUGUCCUCGCUGUUGGACUCGGUGCUCUUUUCAACGAGGAUCAGACAACUGCAAUCUAUACAUCAACUUUCACCCCGAAUAUUGCUCCGCAGUUCGAUAACCAAACUGUAUUCGAUUUGCCAGGUUACCUCAGUGCGAGAACGAUAACUAUGCGUGUUUACCAAGAUGAGGCAUACGUUGCCAUGUCGAACUACACAUCUGGAACACAACUUCCAUCUUGGACAACGCCGGACUACUUCUUUCAGCCUUAUACUGUCGAUAGCGGGGGCCAAAGUAACAGCAGCAGCACUUAUAGAAUUCCCACUCGAGGUUUUGGCGUCGCAAGUUUGGCUUCGACUUGUUCAACCGAUACCACUACCUUGCUAGAGGUUGCCGAAAUGAAGUUCAGAACGAGUACGACGACCAGACCUACUGGCCAAUCUGCUAUUGAAUAUAGCGAUGCCGCGGAGGCGUCCCUUUCCGAAAGUUGCACCCGACCUAUGACGUUUGGAUGGGGUAGAACACCUCAAGCAGAAAAUAUGAAUGCGACCAUUGAAGCAAGUUUUGCUAUUUGUCAGAUAUUCUUUCAGACUGCUAUGUUUGAUGUACGGCAUGACGCGGAGGGCAAUGUGCUAGAAUACGAAAGAACGAGUGAUCUUUCCACGCAUCUGGACGGCGAUGACGGGGAUGUGCAAACAAACAGGAUGAUCAGCAAUAUGAAUACCCUCGUCAGCCAUUUUGCCAAGGUAUGGCAUAACGACACACUAUCAAGAGACUGGAUUAACUAUCUCCUGACUGUAACUCUCGACACCCGAGAUUUUCUGGAUCCCAGCAAACCAGUUCCUGAUCCUAAUGACUUGAUUCCCGCAAUCGAGAAAAUCUACCGGCAAUUAUUUGCAAUCUUACUAAGCCUUAACCAACAAGUAUUUGUGCCUGGCGACAAGGAGGCCUUAAUAACAGGCCAGAGAUUAACAGAAGAAACACGGAUAUUCAUGGACCGAAACGCCUUUAUAAUCACCGUGACGGUUCUCUCCCUCAACAUCCUCGCAGUCGUCAUUUUCUACUCUCGCGGCAUCAUAUUCAACCUCCCCCGCGUACCCACCACUAUUGGCUCAGUCCUUGCCUUUGUCUCUGCAAGUCACAUCCUAGAAGAUCAAGGGUCGUCUUCAAGAGGACCAGACGACAAAUCAAAGGAUAAAAAGACGUAUAGUUUCGGCCGAUACAUCGGGGUAGAUCAGAAGGUGCACCUGGGGAUUGACGUGGAUCCUUAUGUAGCUCUGAUUGAUCCCGCGUCGUUGAAAGAGAAGAAGUCUGUGGUGCGGAGGGCAGUGACGGGGGAUUUGAGGAGGAGGAACCAGGGGACGUUUGAGCCGGUGAGAAAUGGCACUUGGUUGUGA